CUCUAGCGAGCUGCGGGCACCCUGUGGGAGGUUAACAGACGCUUAACAGCACGUAACUCAACAAUACAAAUAAAAACAAUUAAUAUUUUUUAAUCAAUCGCGAGUGUGAGCCGAUUGCACAGUGCAUUUGAAACACAACAAUAGUGCGGGAUGGCCGAAGGCGGCCAAAAGUGGUUGCCGGUCCAGGAAAACAAAGAUUGGCGAGCUGAUUUAAAUGGAAAACUUUGAAAACAACAAUCUGUUGAUAACGAAACCAGCGAAAUGCCAACUAACAACUGGAGGCCAAGUCAGAAAGAGUAGUUAAGAGAAGCCAAACCGAAAGCCAACAGGAGGAGCUGGCGAUCUUUCCGGUAAGACCCAAAAUCCGAAUAUCGAAGAUUAAACAGCCAUGAAACUCGCUGGCGGGUCCAUCGCCAUGAUGGACAACCGGUCGAUGGCCUACGUUGCCCACCAGCCCAAGUAUGAGCUACCGCUGGAGGAGAUUGAGCCGCCCUGCAUGCGGUUCUCAGUCAACCUAUGGAAGAACGAUCCACUGGACUGGGUGGAGCUAAUCUGCCUGCUGCCCAAUGGAUUCCUGCUAGGUCUGAGGGUCAAUCCAGCCACCACCAUCCAGAUGGUCAAGGCGGAGAUGGUCAACCAGGCCAAGCAGAUGCCGCUGAGCUAUAUGAUCAAGGAGGCCUGCGAGUACCAGGUGUACGGCAUCUCGACUUUCAACAUCGAACCGUACACGGACGAGACGAAGCGCCUGAGCGAACUGCAGCCCUACUUUGGACUGCUCAGCCUGGGCGAUCGCACCGAUACCACCAGCUUUAGCAGCGACUACGAGCUGACCAAGAUGGUCAGCGUGAUGAUCGGCAAGUCCUUCGACCACCACCGGACGCAGGGCACGCCCGAGAUUGACGACUUCCGGCAGUACAUGACGCAGGUCUGCGACAACAUCGAGGUGGAACGCUCCAUCUACACUUGGCAGCAGCGCCUGCUGUACGAGCACCCCCUGCGACUGGCCAACUCGACGAAAAUGCCCGAGCUGAUACGGGAGCGCCAUCCGACCAGGACCUUCCUCAUUGUGGUCAAGAACGAGAAUGACCAGAGCACGUUCACGCUGUCGGUGAACGAGCAGGACACACCCUUCACGCUCACGGAGAGCACGCUGCAGAAGAUGAACCGGUCGCAGAUGAAGAUGAACGACCGGACCGGCGACUACAUACUCAAGGUGAGCGGACGCGACGAGUACCUGCUCGGCGACUAUCCGCUGAUCCAGUUCCUGUACAUCCAAGAGACGCUCUCGGACUCAGCGGUGCCGAAUGUGGUGCUGCAGUCGGUGUACCGCCUGGAGUCGUACAUCAACCACUACAACGAGGCCAUGGUCCCAAAGCGAUUGCCGCCGAAGAAGCAACCAGCCCUGAUGUCCAAGGCGCCCUCCUCGUUGUGGGACAUGGGCAAUUUCUUCCAGCUGACGCUGCACAGCAUCUCCAAUGUGAACUAUGACAAGGCGCGCGCCUUCAAGGUGGGCGUCCAUGUGGGCCUUUUCCACGGCGACCAAAAGCUGUGCGCACAGAGAUCAAUAGACUCUCCCAACGGCAGCGUUGACACGUUCCUGUUUAACGACCAAGUUAUGGGCUUUGACAUACAAAUGCGCAAUCUGCCUCGGAUGACACGCCUCUGCAUUGUGAUCUUCGAGGUGACCAAGAUGUCGCGCUCCAAGAAGUCGUCCAACAACAAGGACAGUGCUCUUAAGGACGUCUCCUACAACAAGAACCCCCUGGCCUGGGUCAACACAACGCUUUUCGACCACAAGGACAUCCUACGCACCGGUCGCCAAACGUUGUACACGUGGACGUACGCCGACGACAUCCAGUCGGACGAGGUUUUCCAUCCGCUGGGCACCGUUGAACCCAAUCCGCGCAAGGAGGAGUGUGCUCUGGUGGAAAUCACAUUCCACGGCAGCGGAACCGGAAACGUGCGCUACCCCAGUGAGGAGGUCGUGCUGCAGUACGCCGCGGAUCGGGCGCAGGCUACUCGACUACAGCAGCAGCAGAUGUCAGAGCCUGAGAAACCGAUCAAAGAACUGAAAGACCUGGUUGCGAACUACACGGGACUAGACAAGAUAUACGAGAUGGUCGAUCAGGACCGCAAUGCUAUUUGGGAGCGCAGAAACGACAUCAUGCGUGAGCUUCCCGAGGAGCUAUCCAUCUUGCUUCACUGCGUCUACUGGAAGGAGCGGGACGAUGUAGCGGACAUAUGGUACCUGCUCAAGCAUUGGCCGCUAAUCUCGAUAGAACGAUCUUUGGAGCUGCUGGACUACGCGUAUCCAGAUCCGGCCGUAAGGCGUUUUGCCAUCCGAUGUUUGCACUUUCUCAAGGACGAAGACCUGUUGCUAUUGCUCCAAUUGGUUCAAGCCAUAAAGCACGAAUCGUAUCUGGAAAGCGAUUUGGUGGUGUUUCUGCUAGAGCGAGCUCUCCGCAACCAGCGCAUCGGACACUACUUCUUCUGGCACCUGCGCUCCGAAAUGCAGACACCGUCUAUGCAAACGCGGUUUGGCCUCCUGCUGGAGGUCUACCUCAAGGGCUGCAAGCAUCACGUGGCGCCACUCCGCAAACAGCUGAAUGUUCUGGAAAAGCUGAAACAGGGAUCUCUGAUAGCCAAGAAGGGCAGCAAGGAGAAGGUUAAGACCAUGCUGCAGGACUUUCUGCGGGACCAGCGCAACUCUGGGGUCUUUCAGAACAUCCAGAAUCCACUGAAUCCCAGCUACCGGUGCAGCGGCGUAACACCAGACAGGUGCAAGGUAAUGGACAGCAAGAUGCGUCCGCUGUGGGUGGUGUUUGAGAACGCCGACAUGAACGCCAACGAUGUGCACAUCAUUUUCAAGAAUGGUGACGAUCUCCGCCAAGACAUGCUCACGCUGCAGAUGUUGCGGGUGAUGGACCAGCUGUGGAAACGAGAUGGCAUGGACUUCCGCAUGAACAUCUACAACUGCAUCAGCAUGGAGCAGCGCCUUGGCAUGAUAGAGGUGGUGCGGCACGCAGAGACCAUUGCCAACAUACAGAAGGAGAAAGGCAUGUUCUCGGCCACGUCGCCGUUCAAGAAGGGCUCGCUCCUAAGUUGGCUCAAGGAGCACAACAAGCCCGCCGACAAGCUAAACAAGGCCAUCAACGAGUUCACUCUCAGCUGUGCUGGCUACUGCGUGGCCACCUAUGUGCUUGGUGUGGCCGAUCGGCACUCGGACAACAUAAUGGUCAAACGAAAUGGACAGCUCUUCCACAUUGAUUUUGGCCAUCUUGGUCAUUUCAAGGAAAAGUUUGGAGUGCGUCGGGAACGAGUGCCCUUCGUAUUAACCCAUGAUUUCGUUUACGUGAUCAACAAGGGUUUCAACGACCGCGAGUCAAAAGAGUUCUGUCACUUUCAGGAAUUGUGCGAGCGCGCCUUUUUAGUUCUACGCAAACACGGCUGCCUUAUUUUAUCGCUGUUCUCAAUGAUGAUUUCAACGGGACUGCCAGAACUUUCCUCCGAAAAGGAUUUAAACUACCUACGUGAAACUUUAGUGCUGGACUACACGGAGGAGAAAGCUCGCGAGCAUUUCCGAGCGAAAUUCAGCGAAGCUUUGGCUAACUCCUGGAAGACUUCCCUUAAUUGGGCCUCGCACAAUUUCUCCAAGAACAACAAACAGUAAACAGACAACUACAUCACAUCAACAUCAAGAAGUUGGCAUCACGAUCGAUUCGGAGUCAACUCCAUCUCGCACACAAACAAGACCACUCACCAAGUCUAAAUGGAUCCACAUUUCUUUUCUGCCUGCCCUCUGAGCCUUUGCUACAGGCGUAGUACAAUUUUGUAUCCAAUUCAUAAAGUUCAAAACUAUGUGUUCACUAUGUUAGGCCGAGAUAUAUUCAAUCCCCCCACACAGACAACCCCUGACCCAUAGCUUAUAAUGUCGCUCCCACAAGUGCUCCAAUAUACUUUACUGUUAAUUUGUACAUUUACGUGUUCACCCAUUCUUGUAAUUCGAAUCAUUUAUCACCCCCGCAUUCAGUGACCUUUGGACCCUGGAAUUGUUUGUUGUCUAUUAUUCAUUUGUUGUUUAAACACCCCCGCACAUGCAAACUCGCGCAUAACGUGCAAAAAAUUGUAUCCUAUUAUGCUAUAUAAGUUUAAGAGACAUUUAACUCUAUAAGUUUAAAUUUAAUGAUUGCUAUCCCUACAUUACGAUUAAUUGUGUACUAUAAUUUGUGUCUGCUUUUGUACCAGCAGCCAAUCAUUACUUUGUGUUUUCCGGUUUCAUUUUAUAGUGUUCUCUAAUAUUUGUAACGUAUUUUGUAAAUCAUGGAUAACUACAAUUAAAUGAAAUAAAUUAAAUAAAUAUAAACGAACGAA